AUGGCCCGGGAUACCGCUUUCCUGAGGCCUUUGCGCUUCUUCAGUUCGGGCAAACGUCACCCAAGGAAAGGGAAAUUUCAGCUCUACAGAAGUCAUACGAGCAUUCUUAGCGAGAGUAGCGACACAUCCAGUUCUGGCUUCAGCAGCACCAUUGGGAGCCCCCAAAAUAUUCUGUGCUCGGUCAGCAGCUUACCUCACACCUUGGAUGACUUGCUGGCUGGGUUGUCAGUUCCGAAGAAAGAUGCUCGCAAGCCCCCACCGAGUCGCCCUCUCCUCAGCAGCAACCCAAGUGUCCCUGUGGACCUAGACAUGAGCGACGGGGAGACAAGCAUCUCCGACAGUGGCUCAGAGUCUCCUGUGUGCGUGGAAUUGCCACCACAGCCCUUCAUUCACGAGCACACAGUCAACUGCAUCAGCGCUCAGGUCUCUUGGUCAGGCCCGCGCAAUGGCGAGCUGGUUUCCUUCUAUGAGCUGCAACUCCAGGAGGCCAGGCUGGAUGGUCAAGGCAAGAAUAUCCACUGGUUUUGCUCAAAGACCGAAGAACACCUAGAUAAUCUGACUCCUGACACUGCAUACUUACUCCGCAUUAGGGCUCUCAAUGUGGCAGGUGCUGGAAAGUGGAGUGCACCCUAUAGGUUUGGCACGAUGCCGCCCGUGGCAGGCAUGCCCCUGGAUCCGUCUCCUGUCACUGUCACCGUGCGACGAUGCAGGAAGCCCCAGAAGAAAACUAUCUUUUUUCCAGCCCCCUAAGGAGACCUGUAGCAUAGCAAUAAAGGAUGGCACCUCCCACUUGCUCCUCUGUUACUUCCCCCAUCUCCCUGUAACUGCUGUCUUGGUAAAUUUUCUGCACACACAAAAAAUCACUUCAAGCCCGAUGAAGAAG